AAAGAAGCUGUUUCAGAGCUUUUAAAGUGUGCCUGGGAGUGCUGUAUCUUCUGAUUCUCGCUGGAAUCACGACACGCUAUAUUUCAGUCACUUUGGAAAAAGAGCAGCUGCAGAACAAAUACAACAAACUGAACAACAAUUACAGCCAACUGCAAACCCAACUUUUAGUGAAGUGUCCUGUCGAUUGGGCCAAAUUUGGAAUGAGCUGUUACUUUAAAUCCACUGAGAGGAAAAUUUGGCCUGAGAGCAAGGCAGACUGUCAGUCCAGAGGAGCCAACCUGGUGAUCAUAAACAACAAAGAGGAACAGGAAUUUAUUGAACUGAAUAUGAGAGGAGAGUCCUGGAUUGGUCUGACAGCCAGUUACAAAAGUAAAACUGGGGAACAUGAAUGGGAAUGGAUGGAUGGAUCCCCGCUGACAGAGGCGUUUUGGGCGCCAGGCCAGCAGGAUCCUGUUCAUGGUUUUUCUGCAGUAUGCUGUGAAAUUAAGGGAAAAUGGACACGAUCACAAUCUUCUAUAUCCAAGACCUGGAUCUGUGAGAAAUUAUUUUUGACUGAUGACAUAAGGAAAAUUAAAAUUUCUGAAUAAUCCAAGUAGUUCUCCAACUUCAAUUAGACAUCAUUAGUGUUAAAUUUCAUAAAGGUUUGUCAUCUGUUACUCAUGUUUUUGUUCUACUGUGAGCAACUUCCUGUCUUCACCACAAUGGAUCAUUUUAAUGUUCAUAUUUUUGACUUGGUAUUCCAAUAUUUUAUUGUUUGCUUAGGUUAUUGAUCAUUGGUUUUGGACAGAAGUUUUUUUCUAAGGAUGCAGGAAAGAUUAUCGCUGAUUAAUAUGUAUUUUAAGAAUUCAAAACAUUAAAAACAUUGAAUUCUUAAAAUCUGUUUUUCAUUAACUUUUAAUGAGAAACAGAUUAUAUGCACAUAA